CGAUCAGUUUGAACCCUCCCAGACACGCAAGAGCACACACAUGGCGGCUGCAGUUGUCUAAUGGAUGUUAGGGAACACAGCAGGAGGAGAAUGGAAAUUCUCUAAGACCGUUUGGAAUAUGGAUGGAGGUUGACAUGCCCCAGUGUCAAGGUAGAUGUGCUGCCACCUCAGUCAGAGCAUUGCGCGAGGGCACGUCGAACACUGACUGGCCUUCACCUCCUAUCUUUACGUGUGCAACACCCCAGCGAAUCGAGCAUAUUGCGGCAUCGGCGCUAUGGAUAGUGCCUCUCACCUCUGCGUUCCGACUGCUGCCUGCUCCCUAUCAUCUAAACCUAGUGUGGCGUCAUGUUGGGUUCCGGAGGAGCGCCAGUCUUUCACCUUCACGGUGCCAGUCGAACCCCCAGCCCAGCCCCACCAUAAAACCCUUCCCACCCACGAAACCCCCAGCUGCUUCCCUCGUUCACCCUACUCCCACACCAACAGCUCCCCACAAUUCGUCCUUACCCACACAACAAUAAAGCUCCAGAAGUAGGCACACUAUCCAAAGCUGCAAUGACGAUGACUGAUUCAUCCGCAGCUCUUACCACACUUCGCAAAAAUGAUCAACUGGGACGCCACGAAGGACCAGACCGUAAGUCUGCUAAUUUUAUUGUCAUGCACCACAAUCAUGUAUUGACUACCUCCACAGAUCCUCAGAG